GUUCUAUUUUAUGAAUUAUAAUAAUAUAUAAUACAUUUUAUAGAGAAAAAAGUGAAAACAUGAAAGAAAAACACGAAAUCGUUUCUAGAAGUGAAAUACAAAAUUUUUAUGCAGAACAAAGUAUAUUAAUUACAGGUGGUACUGGUUUUCUAGGAAAGCUCUUGAUUGAAAAGCUUCUCAGGAGCUGCCCUGAGCUUACUUGUAUCUACGUUAUUGUAAGACCAAAAAAGGGCCAAGAAGCUCUGAAUCGAUUUGAGCAGAUUUUCGAGGACCCGAUAUUCGAUCGAUUAAAGAGUGAAGUGCCAAAAUUUCAACAUAAAAUACAAGCAGUUAAUGGUGACUGUACACUACCCGGUUUAGGAAUAUCAAAAAUUGAUAGAGAAUUUCUAUUAAAUAAAAUAUCAAUUGUCUUUCAUGUGGCGGCAAAUGUAAGGUUUGAUGAAAAAUUAAAGCAAGCUGUCGCAAUAAAUGUUAAUGCAUCGAAGGAAAUUAUUCAACUAUCGAGAUGUAUGCUUCAUUUAAAGUCCUUCAUUCAUGUUUCAACAUUUUACUGCAAUUGUGUCAGAAAAGAAAUUGAGGAAAAAUUUUACGAACCACCAAUGUCAGGAGAUAAUAUAUUAAAUUUAGUCGAAUCAAUUGAUGAGGAAAAAUUGGAUGACAUUAGUGAUGUUUUAAUUGGUGACUAUCCUAAUACUUAUACAUAUACAAAAUCAAUUGCCGAACAAGUAGUGAAGCAGUACGCAAAAGAUUUACCUGCAGGAAUAUUUAGACCUGCAAUAGUGUUAUCAACUUAUGAAGAACCUGUUCCUGGAUGGGUGGAUAAUGUUUUUGGACCUACCGGUGCAAUGAUUGCUGGAGGUGCUGGUAUUUUGAGAGUAUUGCAUGCCAAUAAUUUAUCAAAAACCGAAAUUGUACCUGCAGACUACACUGUGAAUGCACUUAUUGCAUCUGCUUGGAACGUUGCAAACGAAAAAAAUAUAAAUGAUGAACCAUUUAUUUACAACUAUUGUUCCUCCUGGUCAAGUAGCAUCACAAUUGGUCGUUUUUGGCAAAUGGCCUUAAAAUAUGGCAAAAAAGUACCAAGCGUCAAAAGUUUAUGGUGCUAUAGUUUAACUGUCGUAAGAAAUUAUUAUUUAUAUUAUAUAUUGUGUUUAAUUUUACACAUGAUUCCAGCGAUAGUAAUUGACGCUGGUCUCUUUCUUACUGGCAAGGAAACCAAAGCAGUAAAAAUUUACAAAAGAAUUCACAGACUUUUGUCAGCAACGUCGCAUUUUGUUUUACAUCAAUGGGAACCAAAUGUUCAGCGAACAAAAUCAUUGUGGCAAAAAAUAUCGGAGGAUGAUAAAAAAAUUUUUCCAUUUUCAAUGGAUAAUUUCAAUUGGGAGAAUUAUAUGGAAAGUUACGUUCUAGGUUUAAGGCUUUAUAUGUUUCAAGACACUCCCGAUACAAUACCAGCUGCUAAAAUUCGAAUGCACCGGAUUUUAUUCAUUCACAGAAUAAUAAAAUAUUUAUUGCUAAUGUUGGUCAUUUGGGGUGUUUAUAUUGUAAUUUCGUUCACGUUUUCACUUGGCUGGAAAAGUGAAUUUACGAAUGUCAGUGAAAAAUUAAUUGAACGAUAAAACAGAAAUGAUUUAUUUUUGUUUCUUUGUAAAUAUUUUAUCUUUAUGAACAUAGAUUGAUAUUCAUUGUAAAAA